AUGGUGGCCACGUUGAGGAUACACAAAAUAGAGCCAGACUCCUUUCGCCAGCGGAUUCUGGCACAACCAUCCUCUUAUAUUCCACCCAUACUAUGGAAACCUGAAAUAUUGGAUGAUAUCGAUUGCGAUGUCUUGCCAAACAUCAGUGAAGACAAGAGCAACAACAGCCCUAAUUUAACAACAGAAGACCCUCAUGCCGGAUACACAACACACAUCAUCAUAGCAAGAAAUCGCCGCCGGGACGAAACUAGCAGGCAACUUUUCGGCUCUGCGAUACACUCCUACCGGUCGGUUCUCAAGUCUAGCGGCUACUCAUCACCACAUCUAUAUCUUGACGGCAAGUCUGUUUCACCAACUACUCCUCAUUACCUCUGUCGAUCGACGACUACUUCGAGGCCAAUUUUAGCAUAUGUUGAUAAGAAUUGGUUAUGGAGCAAACUAAACCAGUACAGUUAUCGUCGACGUCUUAGUUCAGUAGCGCUAAAGAUAGCUCAUGGAAUUUCCGAAAACAUGACCAAAUUAGACUUUGAUCCUUAUAUUGCCUGUCUUUUGAUUUCAAUGGCUCAAGACUCAUGUUCCUAUACCUCGGAUGAUGAAAUACCUGUUCAUGUAUUCUCUCCUAUUGGGUUUCUUGAGACUAGAAAGAGCAUCCGAUUGAAUUGA